AAAAACAAAUAAAUAUUUAUAUGAUAGCACACUGAAUGAAUGCGGCAGCCUAUUAAUUAAAGUAACGGUAUUAUGUGGUGCGUUAUGGCUUGGCGUGAGGGAGGAGGCUGCCUUGAUAACCAACAGGGCGUGCCAACCCCAUCAUCCACUUCCUUCGCUUACUAACCAGCACCUCCUUCCCCUCUCGUACACCCUCUCAUCACCACGCUACCGUGCCUCAUUGGUACACUAAAGCCUGGCACCACUCUUCUCAUCUCAAUUCACAUAGCUCCUCAUUUCACUCAUUUGAGUGAAAUUAAUGCCUAAUGUAAGUAGUUGUCAUUGAUGUUAUACACCGCACAAUAUAUAUUAUUACUGGUGUGAUAAUAUACCAAAUAAGUUUCGUGAAAGUAAAUAGGACAUCAUUACCUUAAGUGGUCUAUUAAUAGCCCCAUCACUGUGCCAAGUGUACAGAACAAUCUCUGGUGGGAUUGGCGACGGUCGCUGAAGACUGUGCUGCGUUACAAGACUUUAACUACAACUGUGGGCAAAAAAGUUCAGCUCACGGCUUCUUAGAAAAUGUUCUGAAUCACUUUUGUGUCUCAUCUCAACAGCCUUCAAAGUGCUCUAGUUGAAGUUACAGGAGUUAUUAAGAGUGUUUUCACGGUAGCAGUGACAAAUUAACAACAUUUCUACUUUAUGAACUCGAGAAACACUCUUGAGAACCCGGGUAAUAACCUCUGUGGCCUUUGAAAGUAUCCGUUGUGAGAAAGCAGUAUUUCAGAAUACGGACAUCCUGAGACGGGGAGGGAGGGGUCGCACUCUUACCCUGGCAGAACAAUCAAGUCUCAACCACCCAGCUCGGGGAUAAAUAUUUAGUCGCUCACUCAGAAGUCUGUCUUCGUGUAGCUCUGAUGGACCAAGAAAUGUAUAACACCAAAGAAUAUAAGAUACUCUACUUCUAUUUUUCAUUUGCCUGCUUGAACUUUGUAUUCCCGUCAUCGACUGUCCUCGCCAAACCUCAAGUGGCAGCAGUAGGAACAGUGGGAGAGGAAGGAAACGCUGCGGACUCGUGUCAGGAUCUGCGGGAGGAAUGUGCUGAGCUGGCUGAGGAUGGCGGCUGUGAAGGCAACGUGGAAUUCAUGGAAGUGUUUUGUCAACAGACGUGUGACACAUGUCGACCUCGAUCCAAGGUGUCUGGCUGCGAGGACCAGCGCGAGGAGUGUGGGUUCUGGGGAGUCACCGGGCAGUGUGACUUCAAUCCUGCAUAUAUGAACAUCAACUGCCCUGUCACGUGUCAAGCCUGUCCGCCGCUCACACCUGAGGACUGCGUGGACCAACACAGGUUUUGCUUCCUGGGGUCGCUGCUGGGACUGUGCCGCACCAACCCUUCUUUCUACCUAGUGUUCUGCGGGGACUCCUGCAGGAGGUUCAUCUCAGUUUGUAGAGCAGGGAGGAGCAGCGCGGUGCCGGAGCUGUGUCUCUCCAAAGUCAGGGGCGAAGGUAUUCAGUGUGGAAAGAAACCUAACAUCACGUCAACCGUCAAUGAGAACACAGCGAGUUAUUUACGGCAACGGCGAGGUGUGGGUGUGAGCCAUCAACCUCAAGAAAAUGACUCGUGCAGCACUCUGCCUCUCAAUAGUGCGGGCAGGGAAGCCAUUACAUUGCUUUUGUCAGACUAUGACGCAGCAGGGAUGCAGGAUGAGAAUGAGCUCGAGCACUGGAUCAAGAGUGUACUCCUCGUGUUCCUGGAGCGGGUGCAGAUGGAGGUAUUGUCCAUGACUGACGACGAGGAACGUGAAGAUGUCUUAUGGAAGGAUUCCGAGAUAUUGAGAAGAUCAGAGAGAGAGACAAAAUUGCUUCGUAAUGAAAGGCAGGCCCAAGAAACCGAUGGUGUAUUUGAUUAUGACUAUUAUGAUCCAACAGGUGACAACAUAAAUGGUGGUAAUGGGAAUAUUACUGAACCCAACGGAAACAACACACAUACCAACUUCUGUAUAAUGCCACUGAUCGGCACAAACACUUCAGUGAACAUAUGUGCAGUUAUUGUACCACUUGUGCCGGUUAUAGUCAUAGGAAUCAUAAACGCAGUAUUUACAGCCCUUUCUGCAAGCUCUAUCGCCCAACAGAGGCCUCCUUCCAGGCCGCCUAUGAACCAGCCUUUUACUCCAUCAGAGCAGCAGCCCACGCCCCAGCAGCCCUUGUCAUCUAUAGACGUCAAAGUGCGUGCCUUGGUGCCCUUUUGUACCGCCUCAGGUUACCUCAGCCUCGUGCGAAGACUAAGGAGAUUAAUCCGAGGCAACACAGGCCGCCCUCUCAACCCCAUCGCAGCUUCCCUUGCAGUAUCUGUAAAUUUCUGCCAGUACGGUGUUGGGAAACGUGGCAUGAGCGUGCCCGACCCACCGCGGCAGCUGCAGCAACUGUCCGUGGCACAGGUGUUCCUGAAUGACAACGAGGCGAACGCGGCCCUGGGCACCCCUCACCGCUGGCCCGGCAUUAGCUUCCCAGGGCUGGAAUUGUUCCAAGGCGGGCAGACACCACCUCCUCCUGUGUCACCCGAUGUUCCUACCGGCACCCUCCUCAACGACACGCAGGUGGAGGGUGAGGAGCCUGCUGGUCCACGCCCCGUGACGGAAGACAAUGUGAAUGACAGAGACGCUUUCAGUUGUGGCGGCGCCUUGAUCUCUCCCUACCACGUAGUGACAGCGGCGCAUUGUCUCCUGGAGCCUGGAGUAAAGGGAAACAACACUGUCAAUUUUCUGAAGCCGUCUGUGGUGCGUCUGGGAGAGGUGGACUUCACACGAGCUGAUGAAAGCCAAGCCUUUGACUACGAGGUGGAAGGGAUUCAGGUGCACGAGGGAUAUGCUCUACCAGCCAAAUACAAUGAUAUAGCUAUUAUCACCCUCAAGUAUCCGGUACAGUUCACAGAGGCACUGCAGCCGUACUGCUUGCCGCGGGUGGGCAUAGACCUGGUGGGGCGCCCCUUGACCAUGUCGGGAUGGGGAGUGCGACCAGGCGGUCAGGUCGCUACAAUACUACACAACAUCACGGUGAGGGUGGUGUCUGAGGAUGAAUGCAGUGAUGCCUAUGAUGAUGAUGACAUUAGUGUGUUCUUUGAGGUGCUGUAUCCUGAAGGUGUGAACAAACUGCUAAUGUGUGCCACAAGUGAGGAGCCUGUCUGCAGGGGUGACUCUGGUGGGCCUCUGGUGCUUGACGAGGAGCAGAUCCAGUAUGAGGUGGGUGUGGUGAGCACUGGCUAUGGCUGUGGUGCCUCGCAGUACCCGGGUAUCUAUACCAAUAUCAGCCAGUUCCUUACAUGGAUUGAAGAGGAAGUCUAUGAUGGGUGUUCUAUGAUGAGUGUUGCAUACUAAACUAGGACCAAGCAUGGCACCUUAAAAAAUUUUGGUGCUCAUGUCCAUUACUUUUACCAAGUUCUAAAGGAUGGCGUUGGGAUUUCAAGAGUUUAUAUGAUCCAAUGUGUUCAUUUCUCCAAAACUUUUUACAUGGUCCCUUUUUUUGCUUCUGAUGGACUUGCACAUCUAUCCCUACCCCAGUCACUACUGUAUUUAUUCACAUUAUAUACUUUUGCAAUUAUGUACAUGUUUGUUGGCAGCCCAGCAUUCCUCAUGCACUCACAACUGGUCUACAUCCACUCCUUCCUUUACACUACCUAUCCAUUCCUUAUGGAGCCUAUCCCAUAGGUUUACACCUUUAACACUUCAUUGUACAAGAAAUCCUUGGUUUACAACAUUCUUGAUCUACAGCAUUUCAUGGUUACAUUGCCUGCUAAGUGGUUCUGAACAAGACAGCUCUGUCUACAGUCCCCAGUUGUAUGCCAUAUUGGAUUGCACUUCAUUCACUGCUCUCUCAUUUGUGUCGUCUUUUUGGGAGCUAUUUGCCCUGUAGGAUUUUUAUGCCCUUGGUUAUGAUUUUUACCACUGCUUUAGCAUAAGUGAGUGACACAGGUAGAUACAAUACCCGAGUUCCAAUUUAUGACACACCUUAAGAACAGAAUCCUGACAUACAUUGAGGACUCUCUGUACUAUCUUUACCAGCCAUUACCUUCCAUAUUUACAUAUUUAAACUACUUCAGCACUUUACUCUUCAAGAUUUACAACAAUGGUUCUUAACCUGGGGGGUACACCCUCCUCUCUCUUUUUUUUUUUCUUUUUAUGUCCUGGCCUAUAGUGCCUGUAGAUAACUUGAAGAAUAUUGAAAGUGCUGUUAAGCUUCUACUCUUUUGUAGCAAAGGCAAUUUUAUUUCAUAGUGGUACCUAUAUAAGGGCCCAUAUCUCCACCCACAUGGUGUAACCACCUAGAACCUGGGUAUCAUGGUGACAUGUAGGUGACUUUAAGCCACUUGACAAAUGGCAAAGUAACAGGGUGAUAUGUGAUGGGAUUUGAACCUACGCGCGGACAUCUUUCCGAUCCCACACUCACCACCUUAUCCACUAUGCCACUGCCUCCCUACCCACUUCUAGUGGGGUGUCAGUAAUUUCUAAGGGUGGAGCAAGCCCUUUGGAAAUAGCAGGAAUUUUUCUUAUCAUAUUUAUCAUUAUCUUAAUGUAAAGAGAACUUUACAAAAAUGCUUAAGUAUCGCCUAAUUUUUUUAAAAAUCUCGGAGGAAAUUGUAUUCAUAAUUGCAAGGGGGAGGGGGUACGUGGAGGGGUGGACAAAUUCUUAAGAGGGGGUGUGGUAGUAAAAAGGUUAAGAACCACUGAUUUACAACAGAUCCAUUGUACUUUGCCAGUCCAAUGUUAUGGACAUUUCACCUUCAGAUUUUUUUGUGACAUCUUAAUUAAAUGUUAUUUGAUAUUCUCUAGUUUAUUUGACUCUUCUUUUUAGAAAAUAUGAUCUGUCAGUUAACAUAAAAUUGGAUAAUACUCUAUACUCUACCUAGCAUUAACUGUCCCACAGGACUGAAGACACCCAGACAUCCAGAGUAGGUCAGGGUAUUGAGGUUCUGGUAAAUCUUUGAAUAGGGUUUAUUAGUACAAAGGUUGAGGGCCAAACAAACUGUACUUGGAAUAGUAGAGCAUGUAGUUGUAGUUUAGUAGUUUUAGUAGUAGUAGUAAUGGUAAUAGUAGUAGUAGUAGUAGUAGUAGUAGUAGUAGUAAUGAUGAUGAU